UUUCAUUCGAAGCGGAGGACGGAGAUCCCCAACAGAACACUCGUCGUCCGGGAUCAGAUCACGGUUUCUGGUUGAAUUGACUGCUUACUCUCGCGUUCUAUUGUUCUUCGGCAUGCACAUCCGGCUGUUGCCCUCGUCUGACUGACUAGACGUCAGAUCCAUCCUUGAACAUUGCGUUAUUGACUUUGCCAUGUCUAUGUCUAUGUGCGUAAGCUUUUGCUCAUUUUCUUGCGACGACGGCGGAGUGGCCGGUUAUGGUUCUCGUAUGGUUCUCGUCGUCAUUAUUGAGUGCGUGGGAGAAAGAGAAUCCGCCCGCAAACCGAAAACGAUUUUCCUACCAGAAUGUAAACUAGCCACAGCUUAGCCACCGCUUCAAGCAAUGGUUGCAGCGCUUCUCUCUCCGCUUCGCCAAACCACAAAAUCCACUCAAGUCUAGCUAGCGAUUUACUUCGUAGUAUCAUUGAGUAAACUAGAAUGUGGACAAUGAGCCGUCGUCCGCCCCGAAUGUUGCGAUGGCGGUCGUCGACGGGUUUCAUGAUCGCGACGGUCUGGACAUCGUUCUUCACGGACUACUUUCUCUAUGCGAUGAUCGUACCUGUUAUGCCUACUGCCCUCGUCGACCGCGCCGGUGUCGCAUAUGAAGACCGAGAAUUCUGGGUGAGCAUCCUGCUGAUGUGCCAAGCUGCCGUCGCCUUUGUCUGCUGUCCAGCCUUCGGUUACAUGCUCGAUGCGGCACCCACGCGCCGGAUGCCCUACCUCCUGGGCCUGAUCUUCCUGGGGGCAUCGAUGGUCCUCCUCGCUCUCGCGCACACGAUCGCGGUGUUCAUCGUGGCGCGCAUGCUGCAGGGCGCGGCCACCGCCAUGGUCGCCGUGGCCGGGCUCGCCCUGCUCACGGACUCGGUCUCCACGGGCAAUCUCGGCCAGACCAUCGGGUACCUGGGCUCGGCCAUCGCCCUGGGAUUCCUGCUGGGUCCGCUGCUGGGCGGCUUGGUCUAUCGAGUCGCCGGGUACCAGGCUGUGUUCGCCAUCGCCUUUGCCAUGGUGGGGAUCGAUCUGCUCAUGCGAGUCGCGGUGGUCGAGAAAGCCGUCGCCGAACGGUGGCUGCAGACGCAUUCAGCAUCGUGCUCGCCAUCCCCAGAGGAUGAUGGGUAUACGUCAAGCGACAGUCUGGUGCAGCAGCAGCAGCAGCCGCGACCAGCCGCGUCGCCAACCAGACAGCGCUCUCCAUCCUCAUCCGUGAUGUCCAACAACGACCAACAUAAGCAGCCAGCGAUACUGAUAAUCCUCAGCCAACCGCGGAUCCUCAUCUCGUCAGGAGCACUUCUCGUUCACGGCCUCCUCUACUCAGCCUUUGACGCCACAAUCCCCAUCUUCGUCGAAUCCCACUUCGGCUGGACCACCUUCGGGGCAGGGAUGGCCUUCCUCCCCUCCGCCAUCACCGCCCUCUUCCAACCCUACUUCGGCCAUCUAACAGACACCCACGGCCCCCGCCUAAUAGCGCUCAGCUCCUUCACCAGCCUCACCCUCCCGCUCCUCACCCUCCGCCUCGUCACGACCGCCCACCCCGCGCACAUCGCUCUCCUCCUGACCUGCCUGACGGCCAUCGGGCUCCUCAUCAACCUGUGCACGCCGGCGCUGUACCUCGAGACGCAGCACGCGCUGGCCGCGCUGGAAGCGCGGGACCCCACGGUCUUCGGCCCCACGGGCGCCGUCGCGCAGGCGUUCGGCAUCCAGACGAUGGCGCAGUUUCUGGGCCUGUUUGUGGGACCCCUGUGGGGCGGGUUCGUGGAGUGGCGGGCUGGGUGGGCGGCGAUGACGGGGAGUUUGGCGGGGUUGGUGGCGGGGAUGGCGGUGUUGAUGUUCUG